CCUAACUCGCCCCCACAGCGCCUCGUCUUGCUGAAAUUGCCCGACUCGGUUCCCCGCAAGCCCGCCAGAGAUUGCCAUCCCGUCACAGACAACGCCAUGGCGCAGUGGGCUCUUCCAGCUGGUGGCUCGGUGGAGCUUCGACGGAGAUCCGCUUAUCGAGCGGGCGUCGUGUCCGCAUGUGUCUCUCGUCAUCCUUGGAUAACAUCCUUCUCCAUGUACUCGCGCGAACAACACAUGGGGCAGCUGGGCUGGCACCAACAACUCGAACGCUUCCGUCCGGCCGUAGCGAUAUCGCGGAACCUCCUCAGCCUUCCUUGUUUGUUGUGCCUGCCCAUCGGCUUACUGCGGCUACCUCCGCUCCGUUGGCCCCGUUUCCUCCACUGGCUCAUAACUUGCCCCUCAACCUCCGAUCGGCCAGUUGGCUCGCAACCCCGUGCACUGGGACUUCCCACCUCUUACUUAAAAGAGAACGGGGUUCCUGAGGAUAGGCCAAGUCAAACAUCGCCAGACACCCAAGUGUGCAUAGUCUCUGGGCUCGCUGCAAGGGCGCACAUCAGCAAGGACCAUGUCCCUGUAUCGUAUAGGCGUGGACGUUGGUGGCACCAACACCGACGCAGCCAUCCUUGAUAUCAAGGCCCUGAGCAGCCCCGACCGCGGUGUGCUCGCCUCGUACAAGGCCACCACGACACCCGACAUUACCAGCGGCAUCGAGGAGGCAAUCAGGGCCGUUCUUGCAAGCUCAGCCAUCGACCAAAGGCGCGUCCUCAGCGUCACUAUCGGCACCACCCACUUCAUCAAUGCGCUGGUUGAGGCUGACGCCAGGCGGCUGGACCGUGUUGCCGUGGUUCGGCUCUGCGGCCCUUUCACUAGACAGAUUCCCCCCUUUUCAGGCUUCCCCGUCGGCCUUCAUGGAAUUCUGGAUGGGGGCGUCUAUUACCUAAACGGUGGGCUGGAGAUGGACGGGCGAGAGAUUGCGGCUCUCGACCCCGAGGAGAUCCAAAAGGCUGCCAGGGAUAUUGUAGCCUCUGGAGUCAAGGCUGUCGCUCUUGCCGGCGUCUUUUCACCUCUGGAUCAUGAAGGAAUUCACGAGGAGCGAUGCAAGAAAAUUCUGCUCGAAGAAGCCCCUGAUCUCAAUGUCGUCUGCUCCCAUGACAUUGGCCCUACCGGCUUCUUGGAGCGAGAAAACGCCACCAUUCUCAACGCCGCCAUCUUGAGAACUGGACACCGAGUGAAGAGGGGCUUUCGGAAGGCCAUGGCGCGACUCAACCUCGCAUGCCCCCUCUAUCUGUCUCAAAAUGACGGAACCUUGAUCGACGCCGAAGCCGCCGCCGACUUCCCCAUCAAAACUUUUGCUAGUGGUCCGACAAACAGCAUGACCGGCGCAGCAUUCCUGGCCGGUAUCGACCAGAAGCACGACGGUAAGCCCAAUGGCACGACAUCUACCAACGGCGACGCCAACAAGGAGCAAGCACAGAUUCUCGUUGUCGACAUCGGAGGGACGACCACAGAUGUCUGUGCCUUGCUGCCCUCUGGCUUCCCUCGCCAGGCGCCCGGGUUCGUCGAAUUUGGAGGCGUCCGCACCGCUUUCUCCAUGCCCGAGGUCGUCUCCUUGGGGUUGGGCGGCGGCAGCAAGGUCUCGGUCGACGAGACACAGCCGGACCUGGUCUCCGUUGGCCCUGCAUCCGUGGGACACCUGAUUCGGCAGCAAGCCAAGAUAUUUGGCGGCUCUACGCUGACAGCGACCGAUAUCGUCGUCGCCGCCGGCAAGGCUGAUUUAGGGGACGCCGGCCUCAUCAAGGACGUUCCUCAAUCGACUAUUGACCUCGCCCGCAAGGACAUCAAAAGGAAGCUUGAGACUGUCAUCGACCAGAUGAAAGUUUCUGCGGCUCCUGUGACAGUACUUCUCGUCGGAGGCGGCGCUCUGCUCGUCACUGACGAGUUGGCCGGCGUAGAGAAGUGCAUAUCGCCGGUCCAUCAGGGUGCGGCAAACGCUAUUGGCGCUGCCAUUGGUAGAGUCUCCGGCGAAGUCGACACUGUUGAGAUCCUCGAAGGCAAGAAGGAGAAGGACGUUCUUGAGGCCGCCUGUAAACGCGCAAUCGACAUGGCCGUUGAAAAGGGGGCCGCACGCGACGAUGUCAAGAUUGUCGAGGUCAACAGAAUGCCGCUUCAGUACAUGUCAAAGGUCACAAUCCGCGUGCAAGUCAGAGCAGUGGGAAGACUCGCCAUCCCCGAUGACAUAUCUCUUCUCCAGAACCCUGAGUGGACCCUGAACGGCGACGCAGACGAGGCCGAGGGCGAAAAGGUCAGCGUGCCGAACGCGCUGGAGCCCACGACCAAGCCUAGUCUCGGCGUUGACAUUGAGUCCUACCGUCCCGAUGUCAGGAACGGAGUAUGGUACAUAUCGGAGAUUGAUUUAGAGUUCUUGGCCACUGGAUGUGGUGUUCUAGGCACUGGCGGCGGCGGUCCGACAUAUUUCGAGUUCCUCAAGGGCUUGGAAGCUUUGCGAAACGGUGGCAAGGGCAAGAUGAGAGUCGUUUCUCCCAAAGCUCUCAAGGACGAUGACAUUGUCUGUUUCGGUGCCUACUACGGCAGCCCCACCGUCAUCAACGAGCGCAUGUCUGGUGGCCGAGAAAUCAUCGACGCCAUCGAUUCCAUCACCAAGGUUCAAGGCCACAAGGAGUUUCAUGCCUUGUUGGUCGAUGAGAUCGGUGGUGGCAACGGCAUGUGUGUGUUCGGCACUGGUGUACACUACGAUCUCCCUGUUGUAGAUGGUGACGCCAUGGGCAGAGCUUACCCAACGAUAUACCACGGUAAUCAUUGUCCCACACUCGCCGCUUCCAUCACUGCUGACCACGACGAUAGUGACUUUUAGCGUCUAUGGCUAUCCCAUGACUCCCUGUGCGAUUACCGAUGCCGCGGGCAACUCGUCCGUCAUCAUGAAAACGGAUACGCCGGCACGGCUGGAGAAGCUGCUACGCGACACGGCUGUUGAGCUGGGGCUGACCUGUGCUUCAUCAACGUGCCCGCUGCCAGGGUCCACAAUCAAGGCCGCCGCAGUGCAGAACACUAUAUCUCAAGCCUGGUACCUUGGACGCGCAGUGAACAUAGCCCGCCGCAAAAAAGCGAACUAUGUCGACGCAAUCUUCGAUGUCUGCGCCGGAAAACUGCUGUUCACCGGCAAGAUUGUGGAUGUGCACCGAUACAUCGGCGGUGGAUAUACGAUGGGGGCCGUCGUCCUUGCACCUCUGGGAGCUGACGAACGAGAAGCUGCUAGCGAGAGCAAGCAGCAGGUGCCGACUGACAGGCAUAUGGUGAUACCAUUCCAGAACGAGUACCUGUACGCGGCAUAUAGUGAUGCUGAGGGAUCCAAGGAGUCACAAGAGGUUGUGUGUACUGUGCCGCACCUCAUCUCGAUCCUGGGUCAGGACGGCGAGGCGAUCGGCUCGCAGGACCUGCGGUACGGCCUGCGCGUCAACGUCAUCGCGCUGCCAGCCCAUCCGCUGUGGACCACGGAGAAGGCGCUCAAGGUCGGUGGUCCAGAGGGCUUUGGCCUCGACAUACCUACGGUUGGCGUGGACAAUGAUUUUACGGAAGCGAAGAGUGUGAUUGAUGAAUUUGACACACGAACAUAGCGGCAUAGGAGCGGUAUAACGGAGAUGAUUUACGGCCCAAGGACUCACUGCGUGCCCCCC